AUGGCUUGGGUCUUCAAGGCAGAACACCUGAAUCACGCAAUUCCUGACCUCUCGGGGUCCUUCCAAAUUACUUGCCCUCCUGGCACUGACAUCUGGGAUAAACCUCCUUUAACCCACUCAUUCAAUGCGCCAAUAAUAUAUCAAAUCACAACCAAAAAAUCUUUCAAGACCGCCCAGGUCUCAGUCUCGGCGCAUUGGAAGGACAAGUACGAUCAGGGCGGGUUAUGCCUCGUUAUCAAAUCGGCCGAUGUCACUCGCUGGGUGAAAACUGGCGUUGAGUUCCUGGAUGGACAAGCCAACGUGAGCACCGUCGCAAAGGACCAAUGGUCGGAUUGGAGUCUCAGGCCACUGCUGGCGGAGUCAAGCAAUCAUGCCAUUAUCGAGAUGGAAAGUGCAGGCGAUGGCAGCCUUUGGGUGUGGCUUCUGGCCUCGGACGGGAAGAAAUCUCCGUUGAGAGAAGUGACUUGGUGGGGAGAUCUUGACAAGGACACUGAAUGCUGGAUUGGGGUGUACGCAGCGAAGCCCGCGCCUCAUGGUGAGAAGGAUGAUCUGGUCGUAUAUUUCGAGGAGCUUUCUAUUCAGUUAGAAUGA